AUGAGCGCCAUUCUUUCGGCAGACGACCUCAACGAUUUUAUUUCGCCGGGUGUCGCGUGUAUAAAGCCUAUAGAGACGCUUCCAGUGCAACAAGCAGAUAACUCGGAUCCAUACGAAGUCACGACCGAAGAGAAAGCCGCUGCAGCAGAACCGCCACCACCCGCUUCAAUAUCGCUUACGGACUGUCUCGCGUGCUCAGGCUGUGUAACGAGUGCAGAGGCAGUACUAGUUUCGCUACAAUCGCAUACCGAGGUCCUCACAACGCUCGAUACCUACCCGUCGUUACGCACACCGUGGCUGGCACAUAAUGGCACAAAUGGGGCAACAAAUGGACAUACCAGUAACGGUGUGACGAACGGUGUAAAUGGACACAAUGCCCAAGGAAAGCUGUUCGUCGCCAGCAUCUCACCGCAGACUCGCGCAAGUCUGGCGGCCGUCUUUAACGUUUCUGAGGUAGAAGCCGGAAAUAUGAUUGCGCAGCUCCUCAGUGGACCCUCAGGCUUGAAGUCUGGUGGCCACCAGGGAAGUGACUUCACAUGGGUCAUCGACACCAAUGCCAUGCGCGAAGCCUGCCUCGUAGCGGCGGCGGACGAGGUUACAAAUGCUCUAUCUCCCGAAGCACUCAAGGCAUCUCCAAAGCCUGGCUCUGAGGGCGCAAUAGAUACCACACCGAAAGCACCCAUUCUUACGUCGGCCUGCCCUGGCUGGAUAUGCUACGCCGAGAAGACACACCCAUAUGUCCUUCCACAUCUCUCGCGGCUCAAGUCGCCGCAAGCACUUACCGGCACAUUAAUCAAGUCAGUACUCAGCGAACGUUACAACGUGCCACCGUCUCAGAUAUGGCAUCUCGCAAUCAUGCCAUGUUUCGACAAGAAACUCGAGGCUAGCCGUGGCGAGCUCACCUCCGCUGCCUGGUUACCUAGCUAUGAUCAAUCUCAGGACAAGAUAAGAGACACCGAUUGUGUGAUUACAGCCCGUGAGCUACUACACCUUGCAGCUGCUCGUGGUAUCAACUUUGCUUCUCUUCCACGAACACCGCUCUCCUCUGCCGAUCGAACACCCUUCCCAGACUCAAAGAUCGACGCUUUCCUAUUCCCUCCUUCGCGCCGGAAGAAUCAGAGCGUAGCUGCUGGGCCCUCCGGUGGAUAUCUACAUCACAUACUACAAACAUACCAAGCUCAGAAUCCGGGAUCCUCGAUAUCAGUCGCAAGAGGGCGGAAUGCCGAUGUGGUGGAGUACUCGGUCGUCCGUGGCUCAGAAACAAUAAUCAAAGCAGCACGGUUCUACGGUUUCAGGAAUAUCCAGAACUUGGUACGGCGACUUAAACCAGCCAAAGCCAGUAGGUUACCAGGCGGCAAAACAGGUGUAAGCAGAAGGCCAGGUGGUGCCACAGCCGCAGGAGAGGGCGUCAAAGAUUAUGCUUACGUCGAGGUCAUGGCUUGUCCAGGCGGAUGUACAAACGGUGGUGGACAAGUCAAGGUUCAGGAAGUAGAAGAAGUACGCGUCUACGAAGGGGUUCAAGAAGCGAAUGAAGAUGCGCCCGCACCGAAGCCAGGACCGAAGGAGCAGAAAGAGUGGCUCGCAAGGGUAGACGAGGCCUACUUCUCGGGCAGCGAUUCGGAAGACGAGGCAAAUGCGCGAACGAACGGUCACAGUCCCGAGCAUGAUGUCGUUGAUGGUAUAUCGAGAUCACGUAUGAAGGAUCUCAUGGCACAUUGGGCCGGCAUUACGGGCGUCGAUCAACAGAAGCUGAUAUACACAUCGUAUAUCAAAGUAGAAAGCGAUGUUGGCAAAAAGAAGCAAAGCGAUAUGGAACGUGUUGCUGGAUUGGCCGUGACCGCUGGCGGCGGAUGGUAA